ACUAAAAAAGACAGCUAACCAGAUGCUCUCUUUGUCUCUUUUCGCGUCAUCAUUUUUGCACUUAUCAGUGACGCAAGCAGCAAGCAGCAACCAGCAUAAGAGAGGAAAUGUCUAAAUAAUUUUUAUCCAAAAAUUAUAAUUUGGAUAAUAUAUGGAUUCGAUAAGAAAGGAGACAGAAAUAAUACUGUUCUUUUCUAGUGUUCGAAGCACGGAGCUCGCAUGUAUGUGGCUUGCGCAUGUGUGCAAUAUUCCCUCCCUCAUGCUGCUUACUACUUGCGUCUCAAAUCUGGCGUCCAUGGCACUUACUGCGUAUAGUUGUGCGUGAGUUCCGACAAUUAUUGUUAUUUUGGAGUAAAUUAUCUUAUCAAUUAAAAAUUCAGCACAUUGGUGUAAGUCAUGGCGGAGUAUUUAGCAUCUAUUUUCGGAACCGAGAAAGACAAGGUAAAUUGUUCCUUUUACUUCAAAAUCGGUGCAUGCCGCCACGGUGAUCGGUGUUCGCGUAUUCACAAUAAACCCACGUUUAGUCAGACAUGUCUGCUUCAAAAUUUGUAUGUGAAUCCUCAGAAUUCUGCCAAGAGUGCGGAUGGCUCUCAUUUGGUCGCAAACGUAUCAGAUGAAGAAAUGCAGGAACAUUAUGAUAAUUUCUUUGAAGAUGUCUUUGUAGAAUGUGAAGAUAAAUAUGGAGAGAUUGAAGAGAUGAAUGUAUGCGACAAUCUCGGUGAUCAUUUAGUGGGCAAUGUUUAUAUAAAGUUUCGAAGGGAGGAAGAUGCGGAAAGAGCUGUAAAUGAUUUGAACAACCGUUGGUUUGGUGGUAGACCUGUGUAUGCCGAACUUUCGCCAGUAACGGACUUUCGAGAAGCUUGCUGUCGCCAAUAUGAAAUGGGAGAAUGCACGCGAUCUGGAUUUUGCAAUUUUAUGCAUUUGAAACCGAUCUCACGUGAACUACGUCGCUAUUUGUACAGCCGCAAGAAGAGCGGCAGAGGAGGACGAUCUAGAUCGCGCUCUCGAUCACGUGGCAGAGGAGACCGCAAGCGCAGAUCGCGAUCGCGCGACAGACGAUCGAGGUCUAAGGAUCGCCGAAAGAGAGAUGACAAAGGUAGAGAUGGCCGUUCUGGAAGAUAUUAAUUUUAGAGUGCAAAUGUGUCUGAACAUUCUGAAAUUCUGGUUUAACGAAGAGACUGGUCGUCUGCUUAUAUGCUGCACAACAUUUGUCUUAUUAAUAUAUAUUAUUGAAUAUAUAUUAUUGAAUAUAUUUAUACACGUAACAAAUGCUGGAAUUAAUAUUCUUCAAUAUUGGCUAUUAAUUACAAUUACUUUUCACAUGAGAGAAAUAUGCGUUUGUAGUAUUAGAUAUUACUGGAUACUUGUAAAUGUUAAUAAAAAACCAGAAAAUUUAGUAAAAUGUAUUGCAUAUAAAGAAAGAAGUAAUUUUAAUACCA